AUGGAGAAAGAUCGACGACUUGUAAAUCAUUCAAAAUACCAGGGUGUUCGCAUGAAAGACGUAAUUCAAACUCUGUGGGAGGUUUCCUACUUUGAGAUAUAUUUGGACAAAAUAAGGGACCUACUUGAUGUGUCAAAGACAAACCUCGCUGUACAUGAAGAUAAAAACAGAGUCCCAUAUGUUAAGGGUUGUACAGAAAGAUUUGUAUCUAGUCCUGAAGAAGUUUUGGACGUCAUUGAUGAAGGGAAAGCUAACCGUCACGUAGCCGUUACAAAUAUGAAUGAACACAGCUCUAGAAGCCACAGUAUCUUCCUCAUUAAUAUUAAGCAAGAGAAUGUGGAAACUGAGAAGAAACUCAGUGGAAAGCUUUACCUGGUAGACUUGGCUGGAAGUGAGAAGGUCAGCAAAACCGGAGCGGAGGGCGCUGUUCUCGAUGAAGCGAAAAAUAUCAAUAAGUCUUUGUCUGCUUUAGGCAAUGUGAUAUCUGCCUUGGCAGAAGGAACUAAAACCCACGUUCCAUACCGAGACAGCAAAAUGACCCGGAUACUUCAGGAUUCCCUUGGUGGGAACUGUAGAACCACCAUUGUGAUAUGCUGUUCUCCUUCUGUGUUCAACGAGGCAGAAACGAAGUCGACCUUGAUGUUCGGACAGCGAGCGAAGACGAUUAAGAACACGGUCUCUGUGAAUCUGGAGCUGACCGCCGAGGAGUGGAAGAAAAAGUACGAGAAGGAGAAGGACAAAAACAAGAGUUUAAAGAAUGUUAUCCAGCAUUUAGAGCUGGAACUGAACAGGUGGAGAAACGGAGAAGCUGUGCCUGAGGACGAACAGAUCAGCGCAAAGGACCAGAAGAACCUGGAGCCUUGUGAUAACACCCCGAUUAUUGACAACAUCACACCGGUUGUUGCCAGCAUCUCGACAGAGGAGAAGCAGAAAUAUGAUGAGGAGAUUGCCAGUCUCUACAGGCAGCUGGAUGAUAAGGAUGAUGAAAUCAACCAGCAGAGCCAGUUGGCUGAGAAACUGAAGCAACAAAUGCUGGACCAAGAGGAG